GCUGUCAUUUUCUUUAUUUUUUGAAACUGAAAUUGAAAAAAUAGGGGGGAAGAGGGAACGGCCACUGGAGUGCACCAAAGGAGCGAAAGGAGCCAGGAGAGGAUUUCAUUGAGGCCGCGAGAGAGAGAGAGAGAGAGGGAGAUCUAGGAGGAACAGGAUCGCUGUCCUCACCGAAAACUUUUAACUCGAGUGGCGGAACAAAGGAGAAGCAAAGAGUUUUGCGAACAUUGUUUUCUGGCCUUUUCGUUUCGUUUCCUUUGUUGUGGUCACUAGCAUUGUUGUUUUCUUCGUCGCGGAAGGCAAAUCGGCGUCAAACGCAAGGAAAAUGUGCCGAAGCCUUCGUCUGAGAUGACCGAUCUUUCUUUCGCCCCUAGUUGAACUUAGCAGAGAUCUGAGGUUUCCUUAUUAUGUGAAGGCGUGUUUGACGACAAGAGAAGAUGUUCACAGACGGUCUCGAUCCUAACGCGGUCAAGUGGGUUCGAGAGGGUUCCGGCAUAAAGCGCAAUGUGGAACUUCAAUCCUCCUUUAACCAGAGGUCAAGAUAUGAUCCAGCACACACCAAUAGAAAGGGGGUUGGGAGCUUCGGACUUCCUCCCACAAAGCUGAGAAGUGUUCACUUGCCCCAUGGGGACGUUGAGGACAGUGGCUUUGGCUCAGAGACAGAAGCAACAUCGGACUCAGAGGAAGAUGUUUAUGGUGGAAGGUAUUCAUUAGAUUCUUCUCCACAAGAUGAGGUACAAUGGUAUCAGAAGCAUAACAGAGGAUCUGCACUGAACAUAAUGCCUAAAGGCAUGGAUUCCAGAAAUACUACCAAUUUAAGACAGCAGAGCAAUUCUGAUGACAAUACUUAUUCUGACGUCAGUUCGUCCCUGGAGACAAUGGCCAGGCAUUGUUCUAGAACCAAUGUGCACUCAAGUCCAGCUCAUCCAGCAGAGCGGCCUGGGACAAGGGUAGCUAGAUAUGAAAAUCAGCAGAACGAAUAUACUGAAGAUGAAUCGUCUGAUUCUGCUGGAAGUUCUGAGUGUACGAGAACUACAGACAGCAAACACAGAAUAAACAAUGGAAAAAGAUAUGUUGUGGAAAGUUAUUUAUCUUCUAGCACUCUAUCGCAGACAGAUCUUGAGGGCACUGACAAGAUCCCUAGAGGAUUGCAAACUGGAAGACAACGGGAUGUUGAUCUCCCAACUGCACCACCAUUUUGUGGAUUAGAGAAAGAAACCAACCAUGCGGUUGAUCAAAGUUCAACAUCUAGGGCUUCGGCAAUGCCAAGAACUGUAGCAGCUGAACGGAUCCCAGGAACCACACAACCAAUCCCUGAAAAAGGUGUGGGUAAUGGGAUUGGUAAAUUUGAGAAGCAGGAAAGCACCUUGCCUAACAAAACUAUUAGGACUGGUUCUGUUGGUGCUGAUGUUGGGGUUUCACCCUUGGGCACAGUUCCUGCUCGCGUUCCUACUUUCCAUGUCAGUGGUCAGGGACCAUGGCAAGCCAUUAUUGCAUAUGAUGCCUGUGUGCGGCUGUGCCUACAUUCAUGGGCUCGAGGUUGCCUGGAGGCACCCUUCUUUUUGGAGAAUGAAUGUUCCGUACUGAGAAAUGCAUUUGGGCUACAGCAGAUUCUUCUACAAUCAGAAGAGGAGCUUCUGGCAAAACGUUCUGCUGAUAUUGGACCUGAAGUAGCUGCUCCAAAGCCAAAAAAAACCAUUGGAAAAAUGAAGGUGCAAGUACGCAGAGUGAAGAUGGUGCUUGACGUGACAACAGGCUGCAGUUUUUCUUCUAUGAAACCUUCUGCUGUAAACUUGCAGGCACUACGUUCUCGUGUUUCCAACUUACGAUCAACCUUUUCAGCUGGAUGGGAAGCACUGAGCAAAGUUCGUGUUUUGCCACGUAUUUCUGCCAAUGCAAGCUUCUCUCGCAACAGUUUGGCAUAUAUGCAAGCUAGUACACAGUAUAUCAAACAGGUUUCUUCACUUCUGAAAGUUGGUGUGACAACUCUCCGUAGCAAUUCAUCAUAUGAUUUAGUGCAAGAAUCAUACUCCUGUUCACUUAGACUAAAAAGUUCAACUGAAGAUGAAACUGUGCGGAUGCAACCUGGAUCCAAUGAGAAACAUGUCUUCUUUCCAGACAGUCCAGGUGAUGAUCUCAUUGUUGAAGUUUGGGAUUCUAAGGGUAUUCUCCAUGGGCGUGUCCUUGCUCAAUUGGCAACCAUUAUCGAAAAUCCGAAUGACAAACUUCGUUGGUGGUCAAUUUAUCAUGAACCUGAGCAUGAACUUGUAGGCAGAUUGCAGCUAUACAUAAACUAUACAACUACAGAUGAAAAUAGUUCUUUAAAGUGUGGUCCUGUUGCGGAAACUGUGGCAUAUGACUUGGUUUUGGAAGUUGCUAUGAAGAUUCAACAUUUCCGACAAAGGAAUUUGCUACUGAACGGGUCAUGGAAGUGGCUUCUGUUAGAGUUUGCAUCUUAUUAUGGAGUUUCAGAUGCUUACUGCAGAUUAAGGUAUCUUUCUUAUGUUAUGGAUGUUGCUACACCAACUGAAGAUUGCUUGGUUUUAGUACAUGAUCUACUGCUGCCUGUCGUGAAAAGUCGCAAUGAGAACAAACUAAGCCGUCAAGAGAAGCGCAUCCUGGGGGAGACUGAAGAGCAAAUUGAGCAGAUCCUAGCACUUCUUUUUGAGAACUACAAAUCAUUGGAUGAAUCAUCAACAUCUGGUUUACUGGAUGUCAUAAGGCCACCUGCUGGUGCACCGGCACCAGCCUUGGUUCCUGCUGUGAAGCUGUACACGCUUCUUCAUGAUAUACUAUUACCAGAAACACAGUUGGCAUUUUGUAGUCAUUUCCAGGUUGCCACCAAGAAAAGAUCAAGAAGGCACAUGGCAGACACAGACGAAUAUGUGGCAAGCAAUACUGAAGGAACUUUGACGGAUGUUGUGGCCCUUUCCACAGCGUAUUCCAAAAUGAAAGCACUUUGUAUGAAUAUUAGGAAUGAAAUUUUCACAGACAUCGAGAUCCAUAAUCAGCAUGUUCUUCCCAGCUUUGUAGACCUUCCAAACAUCUCUGCAUCAAUAUACAGUGUGGAACUUUGUAGUAGAUUGCGUGCAUUCUUAGUUGCAUGUCCUCCAUCGGGGCCUUCGCCAUAUGUCACAGAUCUUGUGAUUGCAACUGCAGACUUUCAGAGGGAUCUUUCCAACUGGAAUAUCAGUCCUAUCAAAGGUGGUGUUGAUGCAAAAGAGUUAUUUCACUUGUACAUUGUCCUGUGGAUAGAAGACAAGCGGCAUGUACUUCUCGAAACAUGCAAGCUUGAUAAGGUAAAAUGGUCUGGGGUGAAGACCCAGCACCUGACUACUCCUUUUGUGGAUGAGAUGUAUGAUCGUCUAAAGGAGACACUGAAUGAAUAUGAGAUUAUUAUUUGCCGUUGGCCAGAAUAUACAUUUGUUCUUGAAAAUGCUAUUGCUGAUGUGGAGAAGUCGCUUAUAGAAGCAUUAGAAAAACAGUAUGCAGAUGUCUUAGCGCCACUAAAGGAGAGUCUGACUCCAAAAAAGUUUGGACUCAAAUAUGUUCAGAAGCUUGCAAAGCGACACUCUCUAUCUCCUUACUCUGUUCCAGAAGAGCUCGCAAUUUUCCUGAACACUAUAAAAAGAUGGCUUGAUGUUCUGCAGCCCAAGAUUGAAGCACAAUUAAAAUCUUGGGUUGCCUGCAUUCCUGAUGGUGGAAGCGUAUCUGCUGGUGAACGGCUUAGUGAAAUCACAGUGAUGCUGAGGUCAAAGUUCCGCAAUUACCUUCAAGCAGUUGUGGAGAAACUCUGUGACAAUACUCGAGUUCAAAGUGCAACAAAACUGAAAAAAAUUAUACAAGAUACCAAGGAAGCGGUGGGAGAAUCUGAGAUCAGAGAGAGAAUGCAGCCUCUUAAAGCUCAACUAGUAGACACUAUUGACCACCUUCAUGGUGUCUUUGAGAGCCAUGUCUUCUUGGCAAUAUGCCGUGGUUACUGGGACAGAAUGGGGCAGGAUGUGCUUAGCUUUCUUGAAAACAGAAAAGAGAACAGGUCAUGGUAUAAGGCUUCACGGGUUACCGUUGCUAUUCUGGAUGAUACUUUUGCUUCUCAGAUGCAGAGAUUGCAGGGUAAUGCUAUGCAAGAAAAAGACCUAGAACCACCUAGAUCUGUCAUGGAAGUGAGAUCGAUACUCUGUAAAGAUGCACCGAACCAUAAGGACUCAAAUUACUUCUACUACUAAAUCCUUCUUGUAUAUAUGUUCAGGCUGAGGGGGAGAGCGUCAGCUUUUGGCUGAAAGUUUGAUUUAUGAUAAUUUACUGAAGCCCUACAUGAAAGAAAUCUCUCCAAUUGUUUGGUCCUCCUUGACCCAUUGACCGUGUAGAAUACUAUUAUUACAAUGUUACGGUUGCUGCAGCAUUUCUGCACAGGUAGAGGUUUAGUAAGUUGAAGGCAAACACGAUUGCCAAUAAGCAGGAAAACUUGACCGACAAAAAGAGAAACUGAACUUGUGUAUCCGUUACGAAAAAAAGCUGCAUAUUUUUGUUGUGUCCAUUGUUUCAAUAAAAGCAACUAUUUUAUAUGUA